AAUCAUCUGUUCCGCAGCAUGGUAGCAUGGAAAAUCGAUAUCUCGCACAGAAGCUCCUGACAUAACGUUGUAAACACAGGGAAAUCGGUCGCCCAGCGUAACAUAUUGUAGUGGAAUUUGUGCCAUUUCGAUUUUUUGUUUUUGAUCCGGAACCAACCAUGCUGAUGGUGGAUAGUGGAAACGAAAGUGCCGCCGAACGGCUGGAGUCACUGUUUAUGGAUAACUUGAAAAGUGAUGAGCACCACAAUCUGCCGGACUCCGAUGCCGAGAGUGAAAUCUACUCCAAAAUGAACGAAUUUGACGUAGUCUUUGCCGAUCCGAAGCAAACGAAUCCGUCGAGUGGGGAAGCCGUCAUCAGCAGCCGGAGGGUUCUGACCAGUGACAAUAGCACGGAAUCGUACACAUCUUCGGUGGCAACCAGCAGUGUGUCAACGCAGGAUGACGAUCCCCGAGCUAGCCAAAAGGUGACCCAGAUAAAUACGUGCAAAAUUCUGCAACGAAAACUGGAACUGAAAGUGGAACGGGCAAAGCGCAACUACAGACAGAUGUACGAGGAACAGGAAUGCAAUCCGGAACAGACACCGAAAUCAUCCUCCAUGAUACCGAUAUCUCGCCUGGCGAUUCCCGGGGGAGGUUGCAUCCAAGAUGGCCAACAACCGCCGCUGGUGGACGUCAACAGCGACGAGGACGAACUGGAAGCGGUAACAUUUUUUCCACGACCCGAUCGAAAUGGGUUAGCGAACCGAAGACACAACACACGGCAGGAACUUUCGGAUACUUUUAGCAUACAGGAGAUGACGAUUGAAUCGGAUCAGGAAGAUGAGUUACGAGAUUACGAGCAGUGCCGGAAGUUAUCGAACAGUAAGGGAUACAAGAAAAUUUUGAACCGCGGAAUUAGCGGAGAAGCAGACGACUAUCUGGAUAAUGAUGCGGAGGAGGACGAGGAGGAUGAUGAUUCACAGAAUUUAGAACUGUUGCCACCGCAGGCCGGCUACGGAGUGAAAGAAUGGGUAGAACGUGUGUUUUGUUGUUCUCGAAAGAAUGAUUUGUUUUCCUGAAAUUACGAGUACCGGCUAGUCGCGGAAUCCAGCGACAACGGCUGAGAAGGGCAGUGGGUGG